CCAGGUCUAUGAGAAGAGUAGCUAUUUAUUUUGACCUCAAUAAAUGGUUGAUGUGCAUUGUGCACCAUACAGAAUCUAAUCCCCAUAUAAGCUGUAGCGCAGCAUCCCACACCGCCCAUUUUUCCGAAUCCAAUUCUCAAAUCCAACAACAAAUACCCAUUACAAAUACCCAUUUCUUACCAUUUCUUCCUCUACUAAAUCGUCAUUUUCUGCACAAUCUUGAUCUUCAAACCCAAAAAAUCCCCAAAAUGCAAAUCUUCGUCAAAACCCUAACAGGAAAAACCAUCACACUUGAAGUCGAAUCGUCGGACACAAUCGACAAUGUGAAAUCAAAGAUCCAAGACAAAGAAGGGAUUCCACCAGAUCAACAGCGUUUGAUCUUUGCUGGAAAACAAUUAGAAGAUGGAAGAACACUUGCUGAUUACAAUAUUCAGAAAGAAUCAACACUUCAUUUGGUUCUUCGGCUUCGUGGAGGUACGAUGAUUAAGGUGAAAACCUUAACUGGGAAAGAAAUCGAGAUCGAUAUAGAACCAAAUGAUACAAUUGAUCGAAUUAAAGAAAGGGUUGAAGAGAAAGAAGGAAUUCCUCCUGUUCAACAAAGGUUGAUCUAUGCUGGGAAACAACUUGCUGAUGAUAAGACUGCUAAGGAUUAUAAUAUUGAAGGUGGUUCUGUUCUUCAUCUUGUUCUUGCUCUUAGAGGUGGUGCUAUCGAUCUUUAAAUAUGUUAAUGGGAUUUGGGUAAAGAUUUUGGCUUUUAGAGUAUUUAUAUGGUGUUUGUUAUUGUUGACAAUUUGGAAAUGUUAAAUACAGUAUAAUUAAUGCUAUUGCUCUUACUGAUUCUGGCUUGUUUUCUGUUUAAUUAUUGGGUUAUAAUAUUGGGUUUUUGCAUUGAUUUUGGUUGA